AUGGAUAUUGCCGGGAAUAAAAACACCGCCACGUACGUGUCAGCGAUGAGCGAGAAAGUGAACGAAUUGUGUGCGAAUUCCACCGACAACUGCUAUUGCUUGGCGCAAAUGUGCCCAAUUGUUUACAAUCAUUCCGUAUGGCUCAAAGAGAAGUGCUAUAUGGAGAAAUGCUUCAUCUCGAAACGAGCAUUGGAUGAUGUGAUGCUCUACAGGGUCACCGCACUUUAUGCGUUUAUCUUCCUCGUUGGCGUAUUUGGAAAUGUGACAACAUGUUUAGUUAUGAAAAGGCAUCCGCUGAUGAAGACUCACGCUAGCAUGUAUUUGUUCAAUUUGGCCGUUUCGGACCUGGUCACUCUAACUGUCGGAUUACCAUUUGAAGUGAUGAUGAACUGGAAUCAAUACCCCUGGCCAUUUCCGGACUGCAUUUGCAAUCUGAAAGCGCUGAUUGCUGAAACAACAAGCUCGGUGUCAAUGCUAACAAUUCUGGUAUUCGCCGUUGAGCGAUAUGUCGCAAUAUGCCAUCCUCUUUAUCUUAUGAAAGUUCAGCCAUUCAAGCGAAAUAUUCGGUCAAUUAUUUGGUUCACCUGGAUAUUUUCAAUAUUUUGCGCUAUGCCUUUCGCAAUUCAUCAUCGGACUGAUUUCAUGAUUAAAAGUUGGCCGUAUACAAAUAACAAUGAGCCGGUACUGUCAUCGAAGCUUUGCAUGGUGGCUGUUAUGUUCGACAGAUCGUUAGAGCCAACUUUCAAAAAACUCUUCCACUUCUCUGCUAUUGCGUUCUUUGUGAUUCCAUUGCUUGCCAUUCUCAUCUUAUAUGCUCGGAUUGCUUGCCAGGUGUCUAAGAGUAGCCGAAUCCAAAUGCAACGAGAGUCCGAUGGCAGAGAAGAGCUCCAAAUGCGAAUCAACGCGAUUCUUUGUUCAAUUGUGCUUUCAUUUUUCAUUUGCUAUCUUCCAUUCCAAAUGCAACGCCUACUUUUCUUCUACGUCGAUAAUGAAUGGAUUCUUCUGAUUAAUCAAUACAUUUAUUUUAUUUCCGGAUUCCUGUUUUACUUAGCCACCAUUGUCAACCCGAUUCUUUACAACUUGGUUUCGAGCCGAUUCCGUAAAGCGUCGAAGGAUAUCCUGCUUGCUUUAAUAUUCCAUAAAUCAAUUGAUUAUCAAAGGACUGUCAGCAAAUAUAGCAUGUAA